CACACACACUUAUAACUGUAUAGAUAAAUACAAAAAACGUUGUGCAAAAAUAUAUAUAGCCAUAUCUAUACAAACACACAGGUAUAUACGCAUUCUUAUUCGCAUACAUAUUGAGAUCAAGACACAUACACAUUCGAAGACAUUGCAUACACAAGGAGGAAAAGAGAGACAGGAAGAGAGGCUGCAGGAAAGAGAGAAAGAGCUAGAAAAAGUGACUGUAGACAUACAUAUUUGUGUAUAUAGAAAGAUAGAUUGAUAAGCACAGUGAUUCUGGUGAGACACAUUAAAAUCAUAUCCAUACUGUGAUAUAGAUACAUACUUAUAUACAUACAUAUAAAUAAUAUACAUGUAUGUAUAAAGAGGGGGAGAAGUUUACAACACAAGUUACUUCUAUAUGAAUACACACGCACUUAUAAAUAUGUAUACCAACAAUAAAUAUUGGUAUAUAAAAAUAUAGAUUUAUAAAUAUAUAUAUAUAUUAUAUAUAUAUUAUAUAUAUAUACGUAAAUACAUAUAUACGUUCAUACAUACACACAUUUAUGCGUAUAUACAGAGAAAUUACUGACUAACGUGGAACCGAUCUUAAAUAGUACAGUCAUGAAGUUUGACAAGACAUUGGCAGCUGGUCGUUUCCAAUAUUACAUGAUUUUAGCAUUUUUGCUGCUCUUGCUGAGCCAGCUUAACUAUGCCCUCUAUUACGCAAAUGCCAAACCAAAGGGAAACUUUCCGAGACUGGGGAAACGAAAUGAACGAUUGUUCAAGGAACAUUAUAACGCCAUUCUUUCCAGUGCGACGUUCAAUGAUAAAUUGUUACACCCGAAAGAUAUCUUCAGUAAGAAACAACAAGUAUACAGCAUUGUGGAAAAUCUCGAUGCUCAUCUUAGAUCUCGUCUGCUUCAGUCCAUCAGGAACCGUUUCCUUGGAAAGAUAAAAUUGGAUUGAAUGACAAGACAGUAAUGUUACCAAUCAGGAUGAGAAUCAAACCUCGCCCGAGUUCGACCUUCAAUUGCAGCUGGCAUAACUGCCAAGUCUGCUUGCAUUAUCCCACUUCUUUGGAGAUGACCUAAACCAAAUGUUAACCAUUUGGAAUAUUUUGAACUAUAAUAAACACGAUGGAAUAAUAAAUAAAUAAAAAUAUAAAAUAAAUAAAUAAGUAUAUAGCCAUGA